AUGCCUAUUCAUUUUUAUUUUCUUAAUUAUGUUACUCCUGCUACAGCAGGUUUUUGUACAUGGUGGACAUUUUUCGAAUAUAGUCUUAAUUUAACAAGUGAACUUUUAAUGGCUGUUAUUUCUAUUCAACGACAUAUACUUAUAUUUCAACCAUCUUUAUUAAAUACUCGUUUCAUGCGUUUUCUCUUAUAUUACUUUCCACUUCUAUCGUGUCUUAUUUAUCCGAUCAUAUUCUAUAUGGCCGUCAUUAUAUUCUAUCCAUGUAAUGGUACUCAAUGGGAUUUCAAAAAUAAUUUGUGUGGUUACGCAAAUUGUUAUCUUGUUUAUGAUAGAAUUCUGAGUACGUUUGACUGGGGAAUCAAUAAUGGUUUACCGAUUGUUGUUAUUAUUUUGGCUAAUAUAAUACUCGUGAUACGAAUUAUCAAGCAGAAGCAUCGCCAUCAUCAACAUAUUUCUAUAAGAAAACAGAGGCGUAUGGCAUUACAAUUAAUUAGUAUCUCUAGCCUUUAUUUAAUUGCUUGGCUGCCUAGUCUUCUUAUUGGACUUGGUCAACAAUUAAUCUCGACAACUUUCUUAGCUCAAUUUCAGCUCGACUAUACUCUUGAUCUAAUUUAUUUAGUUUGUCUUCUGUUGCCAUGGAUUUGUAUUCGAUUGCUACCUGGAUAUACUGUAUGGAUGCGGAAUCAAUGGCAUCACAUAGCAGUAGUUCAUAAUCGUAUUAGACCCAUAUAA